GUCGUUCGACCGGCGAGCAAGCUAGUAAAGUUAUUUGUUUACUGGAACUGGAAUGAGAACCCGUGGAGUUACAGUACCUAGCUGAACGUGUGAAAUUUUGUUGAAUAGUCUAAAUAUUUCAGUAUCAAAUUUUUAAUUCGACGAAGGAUUAAUAUGAACAAACAACGUUCUGUAAGACUAGUGUUGCUUUUGGCACGUUUCGAAAGAAGUGAUAACCACCAGUGAGAAAGUGUAUGUGGCAAAUUUCAACUGUCAAUAUUGUUGAACACCCCAGCUGAUUGCCAAGUGUCAUCCUCGUCAAAUUCAGCAGCUAUUGGUGUAUCGACUUUUUCUUCAAAAUGCAUGUCAUUGUGGUGACGUUGCUGGUGAGUUGCGCGAUCUCACCAGUUCUGGUGCAAUCGGAUGACAUCAUUAUCGACGACGCGUCUCUACGGUCCUCCAUCUUAAAUGAUAUACAAGCCUACAACGCAUCUUGUUUCCCAAAGGACACCUGCCGUACUGAUAAGGUGAGCCGUAUUAGCGAUUCCCCUGACUGGUCAAAGCGGAACUGCCUUUGCGAUGAUUCUUGCGCUCAUUUCGGGGACUGUUGUCCGGAUUCAAAGCGGUUUGAGCUCAACCAACAACGUUUAGCUGGUGCUCGUUUCAGCUGCCUACACCUGAGGCAAUACAAUUUCAACUGGAUUGUCAAUAAAUGCCCUAGAGAUUGGAAUGACCCAGAAGUAGCACUGGCCUGCGAAACUGAACCAGCCGAAUGGCAAAUUCAUUUGGAUCCCAUUAGUCACAUGCCCGUGACGAGCCAAGUUUCUGGUAUCACGUACAGAAACUUGAACUGCGCCAUGUGCCACCAAGAUGUGCCAGGCACUCGAGGAAACAAUCAUCCGUCUUCCCUUCGUUUUUGGAAUCCGAGAUUAGAAUGCAACUCGAUCUUGGCCGGAAGCACAAUUCUUCAAUCGAUGACAAAGGAUGAUCUCGCCUCAAAGAUUCAAUGGGAUAAUGAACAAAAGAUGUGGGGUCUUGUGGUCGACAUCAACGGCAAAGGAGAACAAUUUCAUUCUUGCUUUGUUGAUCCAGCCUUACCAGAUGACCUACAGUCUUACUUACGACCAUGCCAGCCUUCCGUGAACGACUGCCCUCCAGACUGGAUGGAUGACGACAUUCGCAACAAGUGCUUGUCAUACACGUCAUUCGUCUAUCGUCCGCAAGAAAUCUACCGCAACAUCCAUUGCGCCUUUUGCAACAGUGCCCAGCUGCAAGAGUUGUCGUGCAAUUCAUCAGGCAUCACCUUCCGCAAACUGCCCGAUUCACGCGAAUUUAAUCCGUCCGCGUUCGCGCUCCUCUUCGAUCUAAAGGACAACGACGGCAGUGGCAUCGUAGGACAAGAAAAGAGUUGCGAAGAUGGCCAACUCUACGAUCCCUUUUCUCGAAAAUGCCGUACAGUUUAUUGUUCACAGCCUGGCACCGUCUACAGAGAAGGACGUUGCCUACAAGCGCCCGGCGUAGCGCCAGCAACCACAUCCAUCGCCGAUGGCAAUCGACCGGCCACCGAUGGGGAUGCUAUCGUCUUCCCCGAGCACCCUAACGUGGGAGAAUCUAAUGGUCAAUACACAGAUGGACGACCUGAUGUAUCGGUGACUCAGCUACCUGAGCUUCCGUCCACCGUUGUCGAUUCAUCGUCAACUGGGUCGGCAGUCACGGACAGCGAAGCUGUUCAACCAACGUUGACGAAUUUCACUUUGAUACAUCCAGUGAAUAUGACCGACAAGAAGCAGAUGUCGGCAGAAGGCAAUUUCACUUCCUGUCCUAAAUUUCUUCUUUCCGAAGACGAAGUACAAUGGCUGGACAACGGCACCCUCUACGUUCCCUCCCAUGGUAAGCCCUACGAUGAGGGUGACUACGAGAAAGAUAAAAAUGGUGGCGUUUGGAUUUGUGCCGAAGGAUUAACCAUGGUGUCCAAGUUCGAUCCGGUUCUCGGAUGGGUAACUGUAGCUGGAUUGGGUCUGUCUGAAGUAUGCCUAGCUCUACAUUUGAUUGCGUUCGUCAUCAGCCCCGAUCUGCGCAAUUUGUCUGGACGCAAUUUGGCGUCGUUGUCUUUAGCCCUUUUUGCUGCGUAUGGCUCUUUCAUUGCGGCACAAUUCGUCCCCACUGGCGGCAACAUUUGUAUCGGAAUUGCUUUAUCAACCUUCUACUUCUUUCUGGCCGCCUUUUGGUGGACUUCAGUCCUUGCUUGGGAUGUAUGGCGCACAAUUAGAUUGGCUACUGUUCAGCUAAGGUGCUCGUCUUCCGGCCAACAGUGGGGGAAAUUUAUUUGUUAUUCCAUGUAUGCCUGGCUGUUGCCCGCGUUAAUCGUAGCCGCAGCCGUGGUUGUCGAGUACGUUGAUACGGACAUCCUUUCGUGGAUGCCAACAGAAUAUCGCCCCUUCUUUGGUCGGAAUGUCUGCUGGUUCGGCCAACGCAAGGCCAUUCUGAUUUAUUUCGCAGCUCCGCUAGCCGUUAUCCUGUCCAUCAACCUUUUGCUUUUUAUCAGUUCGGCUCACAUGAUCCGUAGCACGACCGCCAAGUCUCCCACGUCCAGCAAUCAGGCCAGUUCCCGUAAACAGCUUGGUUUAUACGUCCGUCUUGCCCUUAUCAUGGGCCUCUCUUGGUUGGCUGGAUUGAUUGCUGGCGCUGCCGAUUUUAUGCCGUUAUGGUACGUUUUCGUUGCUCUCUGCUCGCUCCAAGGCGUCUUCAUUUUGUUGGCCUACACCUGCAAUCCAAAGGUAGCUCGAUCCAUCCGCAACAGGGUUUUGGUUUGUCGAAAAACCAAUAGCCGACAAUCCACUUACCGUACAGCUCUCGUUGGAGGCUUUAGAAGCCAAGACCUCAAACGGCUGGGCAAGGGAGGCAAAGGCAAAGUCGAAGCCCGUGAUUCGCACGAUUCACAAGUUUCGCAGACGUCUCAAACUUCCCUGACGAAAACGACCUCGAACACAACAACUCCGUGAAUAAUAAAACAUAUUCGCAUAAAUUAGCAUGCAAGAAUGCUUUUUUAUUUUUAAUACUUCAAAUGUACAUUUUUAAAAAAAGUGGAUUCCGUCCAACUUUAUCCGUCCGGUUUGCGGAUAAUGUUAUUUGGCUUCGGCGUUCACUAAUGGACUUGGACUACAAAAUACACAGAACACCCCUAUUUCCCUACCCCGCCUUAAUUUUCAGAAUGACUGAAAAUCAGUGUUUUACUUAUGUAGUGUGAUUAUCCUAAAACUUUUGAGUCUCCUCUCUUUCUCUCCGUUUCACUAGUCUUUAGUUCUUUUCGUCGUCUGGAUACGCAUCUCCAGUGAUCGUUUGUGACAUAUAUAAAUGCAUGCGCCUUUUUCUUUUUGAUAUCUUGAGUGUGAUAUAUAUGUGGAAUGUUUGUGUGAUUGUACGUAUUGUAUGUGGAUCCGAAGUGGCUUUACCAGGUCUCAAUUUUCAAUGUCUUAUUCAAACAAUUCGUGAAUUCCUUCGUGUAUCAGGAUUCUUUUAUUUUCACUAUAUAGUCUCAAUCGAACAAACGGCUAACACAGUAAUAGACUCACUUAAAGAAAA